CAGAUGUUGCAAGUGAUGAGGUUUGCUAUAGAGGAAAUUAACAACUCAACCUCCAUCUUGCCUGAUGUGUCCCUUGGCUAUGAGAUCUUUGACCAUUGCUCAGAAGUGCAGAAUUUCCAGUCAGUUUUUGAAUUCCUUUCCAAAAAUCAUUCUGUUCCAAUUCAUCGUAACUUUAAGGAGUACAAGCCUGAAGUCGUGUCUAUGCUUGGCCCCUAUGGAAGUAGUCAAACUAUUACCAUUGCACCAUUUUUCAUGAUGGACCUUCUUCCAAUGGUAAAUUAUGGAUCAUCAAGCUCCAGUUUAAGUGAUAAAAAUGUAUAUCCAUCCUUCUUUCGAACGGUAACCAGCAACAGAGGUCAAGUACAGCUGAUCAUUCGCAUUUUGCGACGUUUCAAAUGGACCUGGAUAGCAUUCAUAAGCAGCGACAAUGAUUACAGUCGCGAUGCCCUUCAACUCUUCAUUGAUGGCAUAAGAGAGACCAGCAUCUGCUUGGCUUACCAGGAUGAACUCAAAGGCGAUUCCAAACACGGCACCAUACUUGAGAAUAUAAAUAUGCUUCGUAUAAAUGUCAUCAUAGUGUAUACUUUAGAGUUGUACGCAACUGCGUUAAUUCAAUCGGCCAUACGGAACAAUGUACAAGACAAGGUGUGGAUUGCAGGUGAUGCCUGGUCUUUGAAUAAGGAACUUCCCACGCUCCAAGGACUCAACACCAUUGGUACUAUUAUUGGAGUAACAGAGAGGGUUGUGAGCUUACCUGGGUUUCCAGAAUUUGUCUACAAAUCUCGGGGUGACAGUAAACAUCCUCAAUGCAAAAACGAAAAACUCCAGGAAUUUGGGGCAACCUGUAAUCAAGCUUGCUAUAACUGCUCUUACAUCGACCCAAACAAAAUAAUUACUCAAGAUCCAUCUUAUAACUUUGCCAUUUACUCUGCAGUUUAUUCAGUGGCAAAAGCCUUACACAACAUAUUACAUUGUGGUACAAAAGGGUGCAACAAGACUGAAAGAGUCUUUCCUUAUGAGCUUCUCAAAGAAAUAAAGAAGUCAGACUUCCAACUACUGAACCUACGUGUAAAGUUUGAUAAAAACGGAGAUCCUCCUUCAAGAUAUAACAUAGUGUUCUGGAACCUGGACAACUCUGAAAAUCCGUUUCAGCACGUCGGAUCAUUUGACUCAGAGCCGGCUGUGCGUUUCGGUAUGAACGAAUCUCUUAUACGCUGGUACAGCAAUGGAACAAUUCCUGUAUCACGGUGCUCUGAGGAGUGUGAAAAAGGCUCUGCUAGGAGACCAUAUAGAAUAUAUAAGUGCUGCUUUCUGUGUGAUGUCUGUCCAAAUGGCACCUAUGUCAAUCAGUCAGCUGAUCUGUACAGUUGCCUCCCGUGUGAGAAGAACGAAUGGUCUGACCCAGGGAGCACUUCAUGUACAGAGCGUUCUGUGGAGUAUGUUCACAUCACGGAGCCUCUGUCAGUCCUGCUCAUGCUCUCUGUCAGCUUCAUGCUCUUUCUUGCAGCAGCCAUCGCCAUCCUCUUCGCCCGUAACUACAGCACCCCAGUUGUGAGGUCUGCGGGGGGUAAAAUGUGUUUCCUCAUGCUGGGCUGUUUGAGCGGUUCAGGUUUCAGUGUGUUCUUCUAUUUUGGCAUCCCGAACCAAAUCAAAUGUGUGCUGAGAAGCAUAUUUUUCCCUCUGUUUUACACUGUCUGUCUGUCUUGCCUCACUGUCCGAUCCUUCCAGAUAGUCUGCAUCUUCAAAAUGGCUGCCAAGCUACCCAAAGCACAUGCCUGGUGGGUCAAGUACAAUGGACAGUGGCUAUUCAUAGCAGUGGCCUCUACUGUCCAGUUAUUUUUUUCUGCACUCAGUGCUCCUAGACCCUCCAAUGACACAUGACCUUCAAAGACCAAAUAAUUAUGAACUGUGACUCAAGAAGUUUGAUUCCAUCCUGCACCACUGAGUUAUUUGCUGUGUUUCUUGGUAUUUUUUUUUUUUUAAACUUAAUUCACACAAGCAAACACCUGCCCAUAAUUAGGUCCUCCUCAAUGCUGACCAGUUCAUAUGGAAUAUUCUUGUUAUUUUGUCCCAAAGGCUUAUGUUCUUUUCAAAACACAUCCACACUUCCAGUCUUGUAUUCAGGACUAUACCCAAAUGGUCAACAGGAUGUAGAUGGCUCUUGUAGGCUGGCAUAAUCUAAUACAUUCCAUGAACACUGAUUAUAUUUGUACCAAUGUCUCUGGAAUUUAGGUCUUUGUAUAAGGUCUGAAUGCAUGUCAAGGAAAACCACUAAAAUUAAAUAUUUGUCACAUUUACGUAGCAGUUAUGGAUUUUUAAAUUGUUUCUUAGUUUGAAAAUGUUACUCAAAAAAAUUAUUGUCAAAACCAAGACUACUUUCAUGAUACCUUUGAAAGUGCAUUUCAAUUUUUUUUAAAUCUACAAUUAUUUUCUUAGGUACUGUAUAAGCAUGGCAAGAACUCCAAACAACUUGUUGCCUUGAAAUACUUCUGUAAAUAAAAUUCAUAAUGUUAAUAUUU